AACAGUGGUGGUGGUACAUACUGCGGAAUGGGUAUGUUGGAUGUUAGAUGUAGUUCAUACAUUAGCUUUGUGAGAAAAGGUCAUCUGAAGCCCAGGACAUGCCGCUUAUGUUGCAGUGUUUGGAGUUUUGCAUAGGAACAGAAUCGUUAUGAUUCAGUUUGUGGGGGAAGGGGGAAAUGGCUUAUUACCCACAAUGCAUCAUCAAGUGCGUCUCUACAGGAAGGGGUAUAUGUGGGCAGCGGGUGCAUGAUCCUGCUCGGGAGGCAGGACGAAAAGUCAAACCAGUGUUUGUUGUGCAGGCGAUCGGGACAACACACUUUCCGCAAGUCCUGUAGCUUAGGCGAAGGCCCGACCCCUCGUCACGUGGCAUAUCAAAAGUCAGUCGGGACAAAUAGAUGAACGGGUGAUCAUCACUUGAGGAAAGUAAUCAGUUUUUAUACAGACUGGAAGGACUAAAGUGCAUCGAAUCUAAGACAUUGCUGACUAUUCUCCUUCGACACCUUUCAUUCCAGAGGGCUUGAGCGAAGAGCCCUUGCAAAUCUUCACUCGGUAUUUGAACAAGCCAAUAUUUUGCCACGAGCGACUCUACAUAGCUUCAGCUGUGUCGCCGCUGAUGCCGAUUUUCAUCUUGGAUAUAAUACCCGCAUCAUUUACAUUUCCUUUCUGCACUUUGUUGUCAGUCUGUGCAUGCAUACUUCACUCGGGUCCGGCUUUCAGCUCAAAAUCUGUUGCGGCGUUAUCGUGAUUGAUUCGCUAGAUCUGGAUCCAUAAAUACAACUGCCGACACAGAAGCGUUAUUCAGCUUUAGAAUAGUAUACACAUACCAGCUUUGCUGACCCAGCUAGUCUUUGUCUGAGACUUCUAGAUCAACUUACUGCUGUAUUGUGGAGUGGUUUUCUUCUUCAUUUGUAUUGUGUUAAUCAAGAAUUUGGAAUGGAUUUUGCAUGAAUUUGUUUAUAUCAACCAAUGCCGUUGGAUGUCCAAGACUCAUCCUUGUAGCAUCGUUGAAUUCUUUGUUGUUUGGCUUUCUCAAUCUCAUUAGGCCAGGUCAGUGCCAUUUGUCUUUCUCUAAACCGCUGCUGACAACAACUUUGACUGGAGAAACUGAGCGGGAUCUGCUCAGAAUCAUAGCCUAGCACCUCAUCCAUUCAGAACAGCUGAGGAAAGCUAUACCCUGAAUACAACUGAAAUCAAUUUUAGAAGGAAAGCAGCAAUCAGAAAAUAAAUCAUUCUCGUUCCCCUCGAAGAGGUAGUGACAAACACAAUCUGAAAGAGAGACUGUUUCUAUGAAUCUCAUCAUUAACAUCAGAAAUGUAUCGACAAGACAUGAUGAUGGCCUGAGUGUCUUUCUAGCUUGUCUCGAAUAAGUUGUGCCUUUUGAAUGUCUGGAUUUUCCUAAUGACAGUUGGAAAUACCACACUGCUCUUCCUUCACUGUGCCUUACUAAGGAUUACAUAUUCUGGAAUACUACCUAAGCUGCUGUAAUAGUGUGUGGGAUGGGAUGCUCAGUGUCUGGUUAAUGGAUGCAAAGCACUGUAUAUCGGGCAUUGAGAAAACAAAAGCACACUAAUUUUCACUUGGAGCGUGUGAGAUCAAGUCUGAUGCUCACGAAGCUUGCCACCUUCAUAUCUGCUGCUGUGAUUUUUCUUUGCUUCUUCGUUACCGUGCUGGAAUACUUUACCCGGGAAUUAUACCGCUCUGUGCAACGCAGGGUUAACAAUAUCAAGAGUAUCGUAAACGUGCAACCAGCAAAUACUGCCAGUGUCGCUGACACUUGCGAGAAGAAACUGACACAUACCACUCGUAGUGUAACUAGCAAAUCAGUGAGCACUGCUGGUGUUGCCAUCAGUAAUAAACCUAGAAAUUCUUUCGAUAUCGUUAACAACGAGGAACCGACAGCCAUGAAUAAGAUGACGUCACUGGAGAUCUCGCGGGCUAAUAGCCUGCUCCACCGUCAGCCCAAGAACCCUUUGCAGAAGAUGAAGAACGGUCGGCCGUGCAGCUUCCCGACGACACGCACCGAGCUGUACUCCAUCUAUCGCAACCAGGGGGAGCGACAGACGGAAGAGCAGCGUAUCCUGGAUGAGAUCUUCUCGUGCUUACUCAAAGGCAUUGUGGACGGCUGUUACGAUGAGAAUGGCCUGAACGCUCUUCAUCUCAGUUCCAAAGAGGGGCACCUGAACAUUGUCACAGAACUGCUCAAGAGAGGCGCAGAUGUGGAUGCAGCCACUAAGAAAGGAAACACCGCCCUCCACAUCGCUUCUCUCGCCGGACAGGAGGACAUCGUCCGCGUCCUCGUUGAGUUCAACGCCAACGUGAAUGUCCAGUCGCAGAAUGGCUUCACCCCUCUGUAUAUGGCCGCCCAGGAGAACCAUGUUAAAGUCGUCAAAUUCCUCCUGGCUAAUGGAGCCAAUCAGAACCUUGCAACAGAGGACGGCUUUUUGCCGCUAGAUGUCGCGACCCAGCAGGGUCACGAUAUUGUCGUGGAAACGCUCUUGCAACACUCACGACCCCAGUAUCCGAACAAAUCGGAGGAUGGGUUUACACCGCUGGCGGUUGCCCUCCAGCAAGGUCAUGACAAGGUCGUUGCUGUCCUGCUGGAGAACGAUCGUGCGGGCAAGACUCGGCUGCCUGCCCUUCACAUCGCUGCCCGUAAGGACGAUACUAAGGCCGCUUCGCUGCUUUUACAAAAUGGACACAAUCCAGACGUGCCAUCCAAGAGUCAAUUCACUCCGCUGCAUAUUGCUGCUCACUAUGGUCAUGUCAACGUAGCUACCCUUCUUCUUCAGAAAGGAGCUUCAGUGGACUAUAAUGCAAGGAACCAUAUAAAACCCCUCCAUGUUGCAGCAAAGUGGGGGCGUGUCAAUAUGGUCAACACCCUCCUUGACCGAGGGGCGUGUAUUGAUGCUAAGACCAGGGAUGGCUUGACACCUCUUCAUUGCUCAGCACGCAGUGGACACGAGCAGUGUGUUGAUCAGCUGCUUGAGAGAGGAGCACCAAUCUCAGCCAAGACAAAGAAUGGACUUGCCCCACUCCACAUGGCAGCCCAAGGAGAUCAUGUGGACAGUGCAAGGCUCCUGCUCUAUCACCACGCCCCUGUCGAUGAUGUCACUGUCGAUUACUUGACCCCUCUGCAUGUUGCUGCUCAUUGUGGUCAUCACAAGGUAGCCAAACUGUUGCUUGACCGCAAGGCCAACCCAUCGGCCAGAGCUCUGAAUGGAUUCACUCCUCUUCAUAUUGCUUGUAAGAAGAACCGAGUCAAGGUCAUUGAACUUCUCCUGAAGUAUGGUGCGUCUGUACAGGCCAUUACCGAGUCUGGCCUUACUCCUCUGCAUGUUGCCGCAUUCAUGGGCAAUAUCAACAUCGUGAUGUACCUCAUCAAAAAUGGCGGAGGUGUUGACGAGACCAAUGUGCGUGGCGAGACUCCUCUCCACUUGGCUGCCCGAGCCAACCAGAUUGAGGUCAUCCGUGUGUUGCUAAGCAACGGGGCGAAAGUCGACGCCCGUGCCCACGAGAACCAGACACCACUUCACAUCGCUGCUCGCCUGGGCAACGCUGAGAUCGUCAAGUUGCUGCUCGACAACGGGGCGUCGCCCGAUGCCCAGACCCGGGAUCUCUACACCGCCCUGCACAUCGCUGCUCGUGAAGGCAAGGAAGACGUUGCUAGGGUGUUGUUGGACAACGGCGCCACGCUCUCCAUGACAACCAAGAAAGACUUCACUCCUCUUCAUGUAGCUGCUAAGUACGGCCGUUAUGACGUCGCUCAGCUUCUCCUCAGUCGCUAUGCUAGUCCCGAUGCUACUGCUCAGAAUGGUUUGACUCCUCUACACAUCGCUGCUCACUAUGACAAUGUUAAGGUUGCUAUGCUGCUUCUGGACCAGGGUGCCUCUCCACACAAGACUGCUAAGAAUGGAUUCACUCCUCUCCACAUCGCCGCGAAGAAGAACCAGAUGGAUGUUGCCACCACUCUCCUGGAGUACGGUGCCGAUUCCAAUGCCAUGACCAAGCAAGGCAUUAGUCCUAUCCAUCUUGCGGCUCAAGAGGGUCAUACUGAGAUGCUUGCUCUGCUCCUGGAGCGAGGUGCCAAGCCAAACAUCAUGUCUAAGAAUGGACUGACCCCACUCCAUCUUGCUGCUCAAGAAGACCAGGUGGAAGCCGUCGCUAUGCUCCUGGACAACGGCUCCCAGAUUGACCCCCAGACCAAGGCCGGCUACACCCCACUCCAUGUUGCUUGUCACUAUGGCAACCUGAAGACCGCCACCUAUCUGUUGGAGCAUGGUUCGGCUGUCCAGGCUAAGACAAAGCAUGGUUUGACUCCAUUACAUCAAGGUGCACAGCAAGGUCAUGUUGCUAUCAUCAACAUCCUCCUACAACAUAAGGCUGAACCUAAUGAAACAGCUAAUAACGGCUAUACAGCAUUGGGAAUCGCCAAGAGGUUUGGUUACAUCUCCGUUGUCAAUACUCUCUCCAUCGUUACCACGGAAACAAGCACAGUGAUCUCUCCGACUGAAGAGAAAUUGAAGGUUCAAGUUCCGGAGACUAUGCAGGUUACUUUCAUGUCUGACACCGAAGAUGAAGAAAGUACCGGGGAUGACGUGUCCAUGACAGGUGACCAGUCUCUACUAACCCCACAGGAGAUCCGAACCAUGGGGGAUGAUUCCGUCGUCAACGACCACCGCCGAUCUUGGGAGGAGGAUUGGAUGCGGGGAGAACCAAUCAUGAACUACUACACCGGUCAUGAAUCCCUGUCUGGGCACUAUGGGAAUGACAAGGGUCGCCCCGCCUACAGCCCGACCGGUUACAGCACCAUGGAUUCCAGGAAUAGCACCCUCAACAGGGACUUCAAUGCACCCCUUGGACGCCCAGAUGACAGCCUCAUCGAGGGAGAGAUGAUCACAGUUACUACCCAGAGCACUGUGGAGUCGGCGCCACCCCUUCUAAGCUCCACCCCUAACCGCCUCUCAACCGGUCCGGUCAUCACCCUCAAUGGAAAGACAUACAACAUUGGUGAUCCUUACGUCGACGAUAAUGGCCGCCUGGUCCCCGGCAAGGCAUUUGGUCCCAACGGCCGACCGGUGUCCGUCACGCUGGACAAUGCACCGAUCAACCAGAUGCCCUUCUUUGCAGGUUUCUUGAUCAGCUUCAUCGUAGAUGCCCGUGGUGGUACCAUGCGUAGCUGUCGUCUACCAGGCCUCCGUGUUGUGGUACCCCCACAGCGCGCCUCCGGUCCCACACGGGUCACCUGCCGCCUCAUCAAACGCACCAAGCUCACCACCCAGCCACCCCUUAUGGAGAACGAAUCCCUCGCAAGCCGAGUUCUCGAAGUUGGGCCAGCCAACACUCAGUUCUUAGGGGGUCUUGGAAAUAAGAGCGUGACCUACCCUCCCCUUAACGACGGCGAAGCCCUCUGUAGCCGAAUCAUUGAAAUGGGGCCGCCGAGUGAAAAGUUUUUGCGGCCGGUUUUGAUCGAGGUGCCGCACUUCGCCUCACUUCGCGGCAACGAGCGCGAGAUCGUGAUCCUUCGCAGCGAGACCGGGGAGACGUGGAAGGAGCAUUCCUUGGAUGCUUCAGACGAGGAAAUCCAGAAAUCGAUGGAGGGAUAUGAUGUGGAGGACAAUGACCAGUCCAAGGGUCAGACGGACCGCCGCAUGUGCCGCAUCUUGACCAAGGAUUUCCCACAAUACUUUGCAAUCAUCUCAAGGGUACGCCAGGAGACCAAUACCAUCGGUCCAUCAGGAGGCAUGUUGAACUCAACGGUCGUUCCACAGGUCCAGGCAGUGUUCCCAGAAGGAACCCUCACCAAAAAGAUUAAAGUGGGACUACAGGCUCAACCAGUUGGAAACGAUGUCGUCAAGAAGGUCUUAGGAAACCGUGUCAUGGUCAGCCCCAUUGUCACCAUCGAGCCACGACGCCGGAAAUUCCACAAACCCAUCACGGUAACCAUCCCCGUACCCACGGCAUACAACCAAGGGGUAAUCAACGGGUAUGGAGGGGAUUUCCCUACUCUUAGGCUUCUCUGUAGUAUUACAGGUGGAACCGCACCAGCGCAAUGGGAAGACAUCACCGGUACAACUCCUCUGACCUUCGUUAACGACUGCGUCUCCUUCACAACCACAGUCUCAGCAAGAUUUUGGCUAAUGGACUGUAAAGAGAUCGACCAGGCGAGUAACUUUGCAAGAGAACUCUACCAAGAGCUCAAGGCAGUUCCCUUCAUGGCCAAGUUUGUCGUCUAUGCCAAGACGCACGACCCCAUCGAAGGGAGGGUGCGCGUCUUCUGCGUGACGGACGACAAGAGCGACAAAUCCCUAGAGCAACAAGAGAACUUCAAGGAAGUGGCGAGGAGUAAAUUUGUCGAGGUCCUAGAAAGUAGACCGGUCUAUAUCGAGAUGGCAGGUAACCUUGUUCCUGUACAGAAGUCUGGUGACCAACUUAACCUCGCCUUCACCGCCUUCCAUGAGAACAGGCUACCGUUCUUCGUCAGGGUACGCGACCAGUCGGCCGAGCGAUGUGGUCGACUGUCUUUCAUGCGUGAGCCCAAGGUGCCAAGAGGCCUUCCGCCCCAGAAGGCCGCUUGCAACCUCAACGUCACAAUGCCAUCGUAUGUCAAGGUGAAAAAAGCUAGCGAAAGCGAAACCGAGAGUGAAUCAUCAAGCGAAGAUGAGGAGUACAAGAUGGAAAAGGGCGAGCGAGAACAAUACACAACCCAGAAAGAGCAAAAGAUGUUCACAAAGAAAGAGUUGUAUUCGCUCACGAGUAUCGAAGAAUACCAGGAUGGAAGCAAGGAACAGGAUGGAGUUCCAAGCAAUCUCAACUUCGCAUCAAUCAAACUACGCAAGAAGUACACAUUCCUACAAGACCCCUCAAUGAGUCCGAAGAGCGCCCACCAGAGAGCUGAAAUCAGGUUGUGGGACGUAGCCAACCAGGUAGGAGAUCAAUGGCAGGACCUUGGCCGUGAGUUAGGUCUUAACGAGAGAGAACUCAAGGCCAUCGAGAGGGAGAAUGAUGACAGACCAGAACAAGCCUUUGUUAUGCUGCACAAUUGGGCGGAGCAAGAAGGCAAAGAUGCAACAAGUGAGAAACUAGAAGAAGCACUCAGGAGUAUCGGUAGGGGAGACAUCAUCGACCGUUGCCUAGGCAACUAUGUUAGUCUAGAUGUUUCAGCCCAACCAGAUGAAGAUUCGGAUAUGAUGAGAGACAUUCAGAUGGCUCUCGACCAAUCAGAUCGCCUAGGAAACGACCUUGGUGCCUUCUCACCUCAAGGUCAAGCAGACAUCACGCUAGAGUUCUCUGGGGGGCAACAAACACCUGAUAUUCUUCAAAGUACAUUAGAGGAGCAAGCUCGUCAAGAAGUUACAGAUAGAUUAAUCAAGGAGUUGAAAGAAGAAGCUAUCGAGGCCAGUUCCUCCGAGGAUGUACAAGAAUCAGCAGCUGCAGCCGAAUUCUAUGAGGAGAUCAAAGAAGAGAUACUUGAGAAACAUGAAGAAGAGAGAAGAGAGCUGCACUUUGAACCCUCGUUUGGAACGCUGGAAGAAACGAAAGAGGAGGAUUCUCCCUCCCCAACUGGACCACAGAAGUCAAACGUGGACAUGGCUUCUGCGGGUCCGUCCUCCUCAAAAAGUGUAACGGUCACGCAGACUCGCGUAACGGUCACUUCCAAAAGUUCCAACCACCCUGUUGAAUCGGGUUCUGAAUCCUCGGCAGAAACCGCGGUCUUUGUAGGUAGCGCUGAUAAGACUCUUGAAGGAGCUGCAGAACAGAUUAGGGUGCAGGUUGAUUCUAUUUCCUCUGAAGGGGCUGUAGAGACAGAUGAACUAGAAGGGGUUCGUUUGGAAUCCAAGAUGUCGCAAGUUAGGAUUGAAGUUGAUGAGGCACCGACGCCUGAUCGCAUGAGCUCCGAUGAAAAUCUUUACAUCGCCCAUGCUAAGGACAUUGUCCAAGAGCCAGAGAUUGAAGCAAGUGGUGAGCAGCAGCAAGAAAGCAUCAACCCAUACAGGGACAUGGAGCCGGAUCCAAUCGGUGAUGUUGUCAUCGAGGAACCCCAGAUCCAAUCCCAGUCAGAACAGCAGGUGGAGGGUAUUAAUCCAUACGCUGACAUGGAGCCAGAACCCUUGACAGGGUCAGAGCCAAUUGAAGAACCAUCCUUUGCUGCCGUUUCUACAAGUGAGGUUCAUGGGAUCAACCCCGAUCUGUUGGGAGACCCAGAGCCUCUAGAUGGCACAGCCAACAUCCCAGGCCCAGACCUGACUGACCUCAGACAUACCUCGAUGGGAGCUCAGGCAUGGGAAGGAGAUACCUCACCUGGACAACAGACCUUCCAACAAAGCCCUCUUGAGGAGUUCAAGAUGGGACAUCCUGGAGAAUCCACAGUGCAGCAAAUCACAAUGGAACACAAAAUUAUCAUGUCCAAGACCGAAACGCAAAGGUCAGAACCAGGUGUUACAGGUUAUAGCGUGUCCACUUCGGAAGUGACCGUUUCCGAGUCUGGGUCCCCACGUCUCCUAGAGGACGAGGUUCCCUUGGCAACAGAGCAGUUUGCUCAGAAACUUGCUUUGUCCAUUAUAAAUGAUGUCCGUGAUUCAGCUCGACCAACUGACCUUGGGGAGCCUGGGAAACCAACAGAGCACCAAGAAAAAACCAGGGUGGAGACUACUCGAUCAGAGACGGUAACAACAGUGAGAACCGUAGAGCAGAAGAUCAUCACCGGGGAAACUACCAAGAUGGAAAUCAAGGAAGACUUUCCGGAAGAGCCGCCAAAGGAAUCUGAGGAAUAUAAAGAAAAAGUGCUUGAUCAUGAAAUGCCACCCAAAUCAAAAGAACUAGAACCAGUUGAUACAUUUGAAUCAAAGGUCAAAGAUGUAGAAAGAUUACAAGAGUCUGGAGCAGUUGAACAGAUUCAGGCUCAGGUUGUUCAGGACAUUCCUGUGAAAGAGGUUGAGAAGGAAAGGGUAGAGAACAGAGAAAUAGUUCUUGAAUAUGAUGUAAAAAGUGAAGUCAAAGAAUCUGAAAAACCAACUGAUACAGGACAGCCAUGUGAAGAACUCGCUAUGGAAGACCAGGAGGUUGAUGCUAUUGUAAUGGUUCAUGAUUCCAGAGUUUCCCAAGAUGUCAACAUCCAAGGAGAAUACCAAGCUGUUCCUCUUGAACGUUUAGUUCAGUCUCCUGAGCCAGUUGCUAGUCCAGAUGCUGAGCAAAAGGAAAUUUAUGAACAUGAGCAACAGAAGGAAGUGACCGUUGUAAGAGAGACAACUAAGGUUGAAGAGAAGACAGUCAAUGUUGUAGAAAUUAAGGAAGAGAGGCAUGUCACACAGGAACCAGAAGUAUCAGAGUCUGUUGCUGAACAGCCAGAAUCUCCUAUGCAAACCAAGAAUCUCCAAAGCUUUGAUAAACCAUCUGAAAUACUGGCAGCUGAAAAGGAAGAUGAUGAGACUGUUAAAGAGGAAAGUAAGGCAAUGGCAGCAAAAGAACUUUCUGAUGAACCUGUGAUUGAGAUGGAUAAAGUUGAGGAAGUUAAAGAAGAAGUAGAAGAAGCUCCUCAAUCACCAAAAAGAGAAAAUGAGACUGUUACUCAUUAUCAGGAGACAGUCACUACUGUAGUUACUACCACAGAGAUUCGAGGACUUGAACAACAGGAAGUAGAUGGUGGUAUCUUCAGUAGACCAACUGCCUUGGAAGAUAAAGAGGAAUCAGGAGAAAUUCCUGGAGAACAAGUAAGAGAAUAUGUUUCAAAUGUUGUUGAUUCUGCUAUUAUCCAAGAACAGUCUCGAACAGAACUGGUAGAUGAAGAAGACAAAAAACCAAGUGUUGAUUCAGAUAACUUGAAAGAAGUUUCACAGUUUGAGGACUCUCAAGAGAGUACAACAGUCUUAGAAAAGGAGCCAGAUGAAGUUGUCAAAGAGGCAAUUGAAGUGAAAGAGAAAGAGCAAGUCUUUGAUGAUGAGUCUCAAGAACAGCAAGCGCCAAUACUCACAUCAGAGCCCAUACAAGAUACUCCUGAGGAUGUUCCUAAAGAAGAGGAGCAAUCAAUCAGGACGACAUUCAUUGAGCAAAAGACAGAAGAGGUUGUUGUCAAAGAGACAGUUCAAGUAAUUGAGAAAGAGCAAGUGGUCUUUGAAGAUGAACCUCAAGAAGAUCAAGCACCAACUCUUGCCUCAGAGCCCAUCCAAGCUCCUGAGGAUGUUCCUAAAGAAGAGGAGCAAUCAAUCAGGACGACAUUCAUUGAGCAAAAGACAGAAGAGGUUGUUGUCAAAGAGACAGUUCAAGUAAUUGAGAAAGAGCAAGUGGUCUUUGAAGAUGAACCUCAUGCAGACCAGACACCAACUGUCACCUCAGAACACAUCCAUGAUACUCCUGAAGGUGCUCCUGAAGAAGAGCAACCAAUUGGGACAACAUUCGUUGAGCAAAAGACAGAAGAGGUUGUAGUCAAAGAGACAGUUCAAGUUAUAGAGAAAGAACAAGUGGUCUUUGAAGAUGAACCCCCAAAAGAGCAAGCACCAACACUUGCCUCAGAGCCCAUCCAAGCUCCUAAGGAUGUUCCUAAAGGAGAUGACCAACCACACAUUGAACAAAAGACGGAAGAGGUUGUAGUCAAAGAGACAGUUCAAGUUAUAGAGAAAGAACAAGUGGUCUUGGAAGAUGAACCCCCAAAAGAGCAAGCACCAACACUUGCCUCAGAGCCCAUCCAAGCUCCUAAGGAUGUUCCUAAAGGAGAUGACCAACCACACAUUGAACAAAAGACGGAAGAGGUUGUAGUCAAAGAGACAGUUCAAGUUAUAGAGAAAGAACAAGUGGUCUUGGAAGAUGAACCCCCAAAAGAGCAAGCACCAACACUUGCCUCAGAGCCCAUCCAAGCUCCUAAGGAUGUUCCUAAAGGAGAUGACCAACCACACAUUGAACAAAAGACGGAAGAGGUUGUAGUCAAAGAGACAGUUCAAGUUAUAGAGAAAGAACAAGUGGUCUUUGAAGAUGAACCCCAAAAAGAGCAAGCACCAACACUUGCUUCAGAGCCCAUCCAAGCUUCUCCUGAGGAUGUUCCUAAAGGAGAUGACCAACCACACAUUGAACAAAAAACAGAAGAGGUUGUAAUCAAAGAGACAGUUCAAGUAAUCGAAAAAGAGCAAGUGGUCUUUGAAGAUGAACCUCAGGCAGACCAGACACCAACUGUCACGUCAGAACACAUCCGUGAUACUUCUGAUGAUAUUCCUAAAGAAGAGGAGCAAUCAAUCAGGACAACAUUCAUUGAGCAAAAGACAGAAGAGUUUGUAGUCAAAGAGACAGUUCAAGUUAUAGAGAAAGAACAAGUGGUCUUUGAAGAUGAACCUCCAAAAGAGCAAGCACCAACACUCGCUUCAGAGCCCAUCCAAGCUCCUCCUGAGGAUGUUCCUAAAGGAGAUGACCAACCACACAUUGAACAAAAAACAGAAGAAGUUGUAAUCAAAGAGACAGUUCAAGUAAUCGAGAAAGAGCAAGUGGUCUUUGAAGAUGAACCUGAAGAAGAACAAUCACCAACACCCACAUCAGAACCCUCCCAAUAUACUCCUGAGGAUGUUCCUGAAGAAAACGACCAACCAAUCACUGAGCAAAAGACAGAAGAUGUGGUAGUCAAGGAAACAGUUCAAGUAAUCGAGAAAGAGCAAGUCAUCUUUGAAGAUGAACCUCAGGAAGACCAGACACCAACUGUCAUCUCAGAACACAUCCUAGAUACUUCUGAGGAUAUUCCUAAAGAAGAGGAGCAAUCAAUCAGGACAACAUUCAUUGAGCAAAAGACAGAAGAGGUUGUUGUCAAAGAGACAGUUCAAGUAAUUGAGAAAGAGCAAGUGGUCUUUGAAGAUGAACCUCAAGCAGACCGGACACCAACUGACACCUCAGAACACAUCCAUGAUACUCCUGAAGAUGUUCCUGAAGAAGAGGAGCAACCAAUUGGGACAACAUUCAUUGAGCAAAAGACAGAAGAGGUUGUUGUCAAAGAGACAGUUCAAGUAAUUGAGAAAGAGCAAGUGGUCUUUGAAGAUGAACCUCAAGCAGACCGGACACCAACUGACACCUCAGAACACAUCCAUGAUACUCCUGAAGAUGUUCCUGAAGAAGAGGAGCAACCAAUUGGGACAACAUUCAUUGAGCAGAAGACAGAAGAGGUUGUAGUCAAAGAGACAAUUCAAGUAAUUGAGAAAGAGCAAGUGAUCUUUGAAGAUGAACCUGAAGCAGACCAGACACCAACUGUCACCUCAGAACACAUCCAUGAUGUUCCUGAAGAUGUUCCUGAAGAAGAGGAGCAACCAAUUGGGACAACAUUUACUGAGCAAAAGACAGAAGAGGUUGCAGUCAAAGAGACGGUUCAAGUAAUCGAGAAAGAGCAAGUGGUCUUUGAAGAUGAACCCCAAAAAGAGCAAGCACCAACACUUGCCUCAGAGCCCAUCCAAGCUCCUAAGGAUGUUCCUAAAGGAGAUGACCAACCAUACAUUGAACAAAAAACAGAAGAGGUUGUAAUCAAAGAGACAGUUCAAGUAAUCGAGAAAGAGCAAGUGGUCUUUGAAAAUGAACCUCAAGAAGAGCAACCAGCAACAUUCACCUCAGAGCCCUUCCAAAAUACUCCUGAGGAUGUUCCUAAAGAAGAGGAGCAAUCAAUCAGGACAACAUUCAUUGAGCAAAAGACAGAAGAGGUUGUUGUCAAAGAGACAGUUCAAGUAAUUGAGAAAGAGCAAGUGGUCUUUGAAGAUGAACCUCAUGCAGACCAGACACCAACUGUCACCUCAGAACACAUCCAUGAUACUCCUGAAGGUGUUCCUGAAGAAGAGCAACCAAUUGGGACAACAUUCAUUGAGCAAAAGACAGAAGAGGUUGUAGUCAAAGAGACAACUCAGGUUAUAGAGAAAGAGGAAGUAACUUUUGAGGAUGAAACCAAAGAGGAGCAAGCCCAAACUGUCACCUCUGAGCACAUCCAAGAUGCUACUUACAAUGUUCAAGAGGAUAUACCCAAAGUGCCAGUGGAAGAGCCAACUGUAGAGGAUUCAGAGUCUGGUCAAGAUAUGACAUUACACAAACAGGACGAAUUUACAACACAGAAUUUAGAAUUCCUUGGUGCUCCUGAAUAUGACGAAGAAGAUAUUUCAACAUCUAUGGAGGUAAUGCCUUCUGAGCGAGAAAAUGUUGAUGGAGAUGAUGAUUUCCUUGAAGAUAUCCAGGAAGAACCAGAAGGGGAUGAAAUGGAGAGAACAGAUAUUGCUCCUUCAGAGACAACAUACAUCUAUGAAGAAAGGACGCAACAAGUUCUCAUUUCAAAUGAACAAAUAGAGCCGAGUGCCGUCACUACAGAGUCUCAUGAAGAGAUAAUCUCAGAAGAGCGUAUCGGAGAAAAAUCAAGCACUACAGAGUUCAGUCACACAGUCUUGCAGGAGGAGAUACACCUUCUUCCGGAAGAUGCAACUGUGCAUUUAGAACAUGAUACAAAGCCUCAGAAUGAAGAAAAGAGAGACAUAAUUCAUGAAAACAUUGAGGAAAGUGGUGUAACUGCAGUUCACUCAGAGAUAAACUUUCACACUAAACCCAUUAUGGACCAAACCAAAGUUGAUGAAGAAAAACUUGACAAAGUUCCAGAUGAUAGGGAAAUAAUAGUACAAGAACCCCUUGGAGAUGAACCUGAAGUAUGUGUGGAAGCAAGAGACCCUGAACAUUUUACCGAAGCAACCCCACAAGACCACAUUAGUGAAAUAUCAAUUACUGAAGAGCGAAUAGGGGAGAAGGUUGUGACUUCCACCUUCAAGGAAACUGUUUUACACGAAGAAAUACACAACAUUGUCGAAGAGAGUCCUGCUGUUACAGAUGAGUCAGAACCACCUAAGGAAGAAGUCAGAGGUACUGUAUGUGAAACUGUUCAUCAAACCACUGUGACUACAACUCACACUGAGAUACACAAGCUGAGUACUCUACCAGUCACUGAGAAAUAUUUGGAAGAGAUGUCUGGAGAAGAACAACAUACUCCAGAAGAAGAGCAAACUCAACCAACUAAUGCAGAAAGAGAAGAUUUGUCACCACGUGAUGAGGGUAUGACAUCAGAAGAUAUUGAAGAACUGCAGGAAGACCAGCAAGGCCAAAUUCGUGAAAAUGGAAGUUUUUCUCAUGAAACAACAACUGAGGAAACGAGAAGUAUUUUAACUACUAGGGAAGUAAGGUUUGUAGAAGAUAUCAAGGUUGAUGCAAGUGAACCAGAAGAUGAGACACACUUGGGUGAAGAACCUGACAUGACUGAACGUGAUAUCUCAAUUGAUGAAGACCAAUCAGAUGACUCAGAUAUGAUUCCAGAGAUCAAGUUAGAUUUGCAGUCUGAUGAGAUUGUUCAGGAUGAUGAUGUCCUGGCAGAGAGGCGAGCAAGAGACCAUGGUUAUCUAAUUGAACCUGAUCCACCAACAGAAGAAAGUGAGAUCAUCCUUGGAGAAGAUGAAAUCUUUGAAGAGCAACUUGGUGUAGAUGAUGAAGAUCUAGAUACAAAGACAGACAGUAUCAGUUACAUGGAAGAACAGGUGGAUGAGACAACUCUCGGCAAAGAAGACCAGCAGUUGACUGAGAGUGUUCCAGUGGAUUAUGAUAUUCAGCCAUCAGAUAUUAGCCAUGUAGAGGAUAAAUCUGAACGAAGGCCAGAAUACAAAAAAGAAGAAGCUGACAUUACAACCUCUUACAAGACAAUUGAAGAGUCAAUGAUCAUUCAAGGUGAAGUGUACCUUGAAUCUGAACCGAAAGAAGAACAGAAACCAGAUGGUGGAGAAAUGGCUCCUGUUGAACAAGAGCUGGACAGAGUACCUGAAGAUGGAAGAAGUACUCCAGACAUUCUUGACAUCACUGGUGAAUAUGCAACCAGCUAUGCACAUGUUGAGAUGAGUCAGCAGUCCUAUCAAGUUGAUGAACCGAUGGCUCCACUUGAUGUGACUCAGGAAGCAGGAGAGGAAGAGACUCCCAGAUACACUGAAGAGAUGGAUGUAAGUACAGGAGAUUCUAAGGAAGGUGCGGCUCUUGUAGCUGUUGAACAGCAAUAUCUUGUUGACACUCCAGUGUCAGAGACCAGUACACAUGAGCAGUGGGUAGAAACACAAGUUGGGGAUGCUACUGUGAGAACCAGAGAGACCCACAGGGAAGAAACCUACACUGAUGAAACAGAAGAUGGACAGACAUUAUACACAAGGCAUGUUGUGACAGAAACUAGAGUUAUAACAAGUGGUGGUCCUUUGCUGGAAGGUAUGAUGCAUCCUGCAGAAUAUCCUGAGGAGUUGAUCAUCCAACCACAGCCCCCUUCUCCAGAUUCUCUACUCACCCCUGAAAUCCAGGAACUUCCUGACACUCCAGAAUCAUCCACACAUGAGGGCUCCACUGAACCCACUGACAAUCAAGGUUUCUGCUUUGAAACCAUGGAUGUUACACAGUCAACAUCUGAAUCUUCUCAGUUUGUAGUAGAUGAUGAUGUUUUGGACCAUCAAGUUCAGCAGCAGCAGGAGGAGCAACAAGAAGCACCACUUCUAGAUGGCCCAACUGAAUCUGAUUACUAUGACCCAAGCUUGAUAGGUGUUCCUCAGCAACAAGAGUUUGAUUAUCAGUUAGCAGAGCCUGAACCAGAAAUUAUUGACUCUCCACAAGAUGUAGAACUGCCGGAAGGAGAGGACAUAUCCUCUCAGCAAUAUUCAGAUUUCACUCUACAACAGGAAGUCAGUGCAAGUCUUUCACAUCAAGAUCAAUCUCUUGGAGAUGUACCACAUAGCGAAACAGUGGUCCAAGAAUCCCAUGUAGAGUUUUCAGUACACUCCGAAGAGCAGUCUGUCCCUGACAAUGAAACUUUUGAUGUAGCUGAAGAAGAUAGGGCAGAUUCUAUUGUGAGCCCAAGACCUCCUGAGCCUGUUUCAGAGGUUGAGGCACAGCUGCCUCCCAUAGAUGUGAGUGUCCUAGAGAGCUCACCAGCUCCAGAACCAGAGACUGAAAAUAUUGAUGAGGGUGCUGUUGGGGACGAAGUAGACAGUCCUACAAAGCCAUACAAGGGUCAAAUACCCAUUCCAACAUCUCCCAAAUCAGAAGGUUCAGAAGAACCUCCAAGAUCUCCUCAAGGAUCUGUUGAUGAUCAGUCUGACCAUGUUGUCACUCAUGAGGAAUAUGAGACCAAACAAGAAGAUGGUGGCGUGGUCAAGAAAUCCGUCCAUGUCACCCGCACCACAUUCCGCAGAGAGGUCAGCUUUCCUGGAGCAGCCGUUCAAAGUGGACAGGCUAUCCUACAGACCAGAUCUGUUUCAGAGUUCCAUGCCGGUCCAGACCAGACUCACCUGAGAUCAAGAGAGGAAAUGGAAGAGUCCACUCCCCAGCUUACAGAGCCAUUGGUCGAUGAGCAACUGGAUGCACCUAUGGUUUUAGGGGAAAAGGAGGAGAAGCCUGCAUUCACACCAGAGGAACUAGAAGACUUUGCUCAAGCUUUAAAUGACUUUGCCAUCAAUGACUUACCGGAAGAUGACCAGGAGUCACCAGCCACUCCCUCGGACCAAGCCAUUGUCCAGGAAGACAUGAGCGCCACGGAAUCGGCCCCACCCGUGAUGGAAACCAACCUUAAAACCCUUGAUGAAAUGACACCGGAAGAAGAAAAGGAGAUGGAGGAUCUUCUGAACAUGGACUUCACCAAGGCCUAUCAACAACCAACGGAAGAGGGCCAAGCACCAAGAUCAUCUGAGCCCGAGGAAGUAUCUCCAUCUACUCCGGCCAGUCCGACCACUCCUCAUGUUGACCUUAUGCCGGACGACACUGAUCUCUUGGCUGCAGCCAAUCAGCUCCAGAAGGAGAUGGAGGAGGAGGAGCCAGAAGUGGGCGGAGCUAGUAUGGCAGAAGCUGGAGAUGAGGAGCGCGAGCCCAAAACGCCAGAAAUCACAGAUUUCCUGGAGGGGCAGUUUUCUUUCCUCCCGGAUGAACCCUUGGGAGUGGUAGAGACUGAACCAAAUAUUGAGUUCCCACCAGAAAUGGAAAUGCCUGUCGAUGGCGAUGAGGAUGUCGAGGAGGAGAUCGAGGAAUACGAAGAGACCCUUGACGAUGGUACGAUCCGUAAGGUGAUCAAGAGACGGAUCAAGAAGCGAACUGUGCAGAUGAUUCCAGUAGAAAUCGACCCAUCAGAGUAUCCUGAGGGAGCCUUUGGGGAUGAUGAUGAUGUCAGGAGAAUAACUGUACACAAGAAAGUGACACGCAAGACAUUCAUGAGAGAUGGAGAGGAGGUUGACCAGCAAGAAGAGGUUGAAACCAACAUUGAAGAGGAUGGCGUUGUCAAAGAGAACAGUGAACUACGAGAAGACCUCCAGCAGAUCGUAGACGGACUCCUCAAGGAUCAAUCAAUAGAGGGCGAAAGUACCACAACAGUUGUUGUUUCAGAAGAAACACAUGAAGGCGAGGAAUCUGAAAUUUAGAACUGUUUUCUUUUUGUGUAUAUGUGGUGGUUUUGUGAAGUCAUUUCAUAUCCUCCUGGAGCUUGAUGGGCUCACACUUACAGAGAUAAAUGCAAGAGAUCAUAGCAUGGUUUUACAUAAUUAAUAUGACACAUUAUUGCCAGAUUGAAGUUCAAUUAUACAAAAAUUAUAAUUGUGGCAAAUUGAAUUCUUAUGAAAUUAUCAUUGCUAAGAGUGUGAGUUAACUAAGUUUAGAAAUUAUCAUGAAAUUAAACAAAAACUUUCCUUGAUAUUGUCUUGUAUAAAAUUUAAAGAUAGUUAUUGUAUAUCUAAACAUUAUCUAUCUUCUGUAUUUGAAAACUUUAAUUAAUUCUGUAUGGUGAAUCAUUACUCCUGUUAUGUAACUUUGAGAAUGUAGUUACCAUGGUUACGAAGCAAAUGCUAUGCUCAUAUGUAGGUACUUGUGAUGUAGGGCUAGUGCAAAGAUGAGGUCAAUGAACUUAUGUGAACUUUGACCUCUGACUUGACUAUGAUUAUCUUGUAAUUAUUGUACAUGUUUACUAAUAGACAAAGUGAUUGUGUGUGUGGCCAUGUCAUGAAGUAGUCUUGUGUGUUUGUAGCUUGACAUAAAAUCUCUCCACAGAUGCAAGCAAGAAUAAACGGCAGAAUUUCACAAAAGUUGACUGCUGUUUACAGUUUUUUACAUGGAUACAAAAAAAAAUUCUGGAGGGAGAUUGGUAUUUUGUUGGAGGUGUGAAGUAUAGGUUCGGAAUUAAAAAAUAUUUAAUUUUGAAACUUGAAGUUUUUCUGGGAGUAAGGUAAUGAUCUAUUGCUUCAUGUCGGAUAAUGGUAUUUCAGAGAAUAUUUCUUGUUUUGUCUGUAUAAAAAUUGAUCGUAAAAAGAAAUCUAGCUUGUUUUAUUUGAAUAUAGAUUUAUACUUUCUUUAGAUUUUUCUUUUCGUCAUAUUCUUUCGUGCCAACUUUGAGGCAAUCAUGUUUCCCAUUUUGUACAAGUUGUAGCAAUUGGCUUGCCUUGGGUGUUAGUUUUGACUAAUUAAUUGAUACUCUGACAUCUCCGAAUGAAAUCCAACUAUUUCUGGGUGUAUGAUAAUUGCUGUUUGCUUUAAUAUCUGUGAUUUCAAUAUUCACACCUGAAGAGGAUUUCUGGAGGUUACUUGAUAUUUAGUAGACUCUUGCCCGAGGUUCAGUGUAAUGUGCAUAGAAAAAUCUGUGAUUUUUGUGCGAAAUUUCAAUCAAUCUGUUUCUAGAGAAGAGAAAUGCUGUAUAUGGCUUUAUGAUGAUAAUGAAAAAUAUGAAUAUUUGUUGGUUGGUUAAAAAAAGGAAUUUAAAACUUACAUUCUUAUUUACUUGGCAGAUGUUUUAAUGCUGUGCAUGCUAAUACUAUUAAAGCCAUUAUGUAAUACCAUAUAGAGUCUUGUCAUAUUUUGUGCAGUACUUGUAUGGUUUGCCCCAGUGUAUAAUGCCAUUACAUUUUACCAUGUGAUAUAAUAUUAUUGAAAGUGCAAAAUUUGGAUAAUGAUUCUAAAAGCAUAUUUUGAUUUUCCUUCUUUAGCUAAAAACAAUUUAUUGAGUAUAAAUUUUGAAUUUAUCCAGCUUCAAUGAAAUAGUGAAUAGUAAUCACAAUAUAUAGAUGUUUAUUAAAGAGUGUUUACUGUAGUCAUCUAUUAAUGUAAUGGCAUAGGAAUAAAAUACAAUACUGAUUUACUUUACUAGUUGGGAGCUAAAUUGUAUGAUAUGCUAUAUGAUUGUUUCUUCAAAUGACUGGGUAAUUUAUCCUCUUAUUUCUGUGAUAAUGGUAAAUAUAUAUAUAGAUCAAAUGUAUUGCAGUGCAGAUGAUAAUCAAUAGACUAGAAAAUGCACUUCAGACAAAAAUAGACAGGUAGCUGUGAAAAUGUCCCUUUAAAGACAUGAGUGGAUUAGAUGAAAAUAACAAGUAGACAGCGCUUUAGGAUUUAUGUAGUAUAUGAAAAGAAAUUAAACUGCAUUUCAACUGCACAACAUGAAAGAAGUGUAUUUAUAAAAGCUAUUCAGUACACUUGUACAAGUCUGCAUUUUGUGAAAAUUAUGUAAAUUCCACUUCUUCAACAAGAAAAAAAAUGGUUGUGAUAUUUUGAGUUCUUCCUACAAAGAGGGAGGUAUUUCGUACAUUGUUUUUCUCUCUUUUUUGUUUCCUGAUGUGACUGUAUAGAGUAUUUCAUUCUUGAGGUUUAAUGAAAGGAAAAAAAUAUGGUAAACAGGAAAUCGUGUGAAACAGCUGUUUGAAAAAAAAAUCAUGUGCGUUUAUUCUAAGGAGAAAGGUUACUCUGUCUGCACGUUCCCAGUAAAUGAGAUAAAAAAAAAUUA